AUUUAGUUAUCAUUUAACCAUUGAUUGAAAAAAUAUCUUAAGAUAUCAAACAAACAAACAAAAAAUGUUACCAAUUGUGGUGAUCGGCGGCGGCAUCAGCGGCGUAUCGUGUUGUCAACAAUUGGCCGAAUCAUUACCCGAACGAACCAUUGUCCUUGUUUGUCCCGUGGAUGUCAUCAAAGUGGCCCAUUUGGUCGGUCGAUUAGGUCGUACUAUGGAUCAGCUGGAUGUUAGUCAAGAAAGUGUCGACUAUCUGACCAAACAGUAUCCUAAUGUUAGCUUUUGUAGGGAUCAAGUGAUCGGAUUGAAUGCACAAAGACAUGAGUUGACACUGAAGAAGAUGACGGCGACGGCGGGAAAGACACUGAUAUACGACAAACUGUGCAUCUGUUUGGGCGCCAAACCCAAGAUGAUUGACAUCCGAUUCAAUAGCAGCUGUAGCUGUGAUGAUGAUGACGACCUACAACUGAUCAACGAUCACAUCGUUGUUAUCAGAGAUACGCAAACUGUCCGCGAAUUUACUGAUAAACUGAAGAAUGCCAACCGAGUAGUGAUUGUCGGCAACGGCGGUAUUGCCAGCGAACUGGUCCAUCAUAUUAGACAUUGUCAGCUAAUCUGGUGUAUCAAAGACCAGCACAUGAGUGCACCGUAUUUGGAUCCGUUGGCAUCUGAAUUCUUUGCCCGACAAUUGAAUGAUAUUACUGUUAGUAGUAGUAGUAGUAAUAAUAGUAAUAAUAACUCUGGAGAUGAUGUCACGGACAGUCACGAAAAAUUACCGCAAAAUAUGACCGCAAAACAACAACAAACUGAUCAGACAUUAUUUGGCACAGGUUUAGGACCCGACAGUUGGCAACAAUUGAGUCGACUAAAGGGUGCCGAUCAUCGACAGCGAAAGUCUGUACGCAUUGAAACCAAAUGUGAGGUCCAAUCCAUUGCCAAUACUGUUGAUGAUCGGCAAAAAUCACGGAUUGUAAAGAUCGACGAUUCAGACGACACCACCGCCCAAGAGUGGCCUAUUUAUGUUGAACUGACAAACGGCCGAAUAUUUGGCUGCAAUCUAGUUGUCAGCGCUAUCGGAGUGGUUCCCAAUACCGAUGCUAUACUACUGGGCAAUAACUUUGCCAUAGGAGCCGAAGGCGGACUAAUUGUAAACAACCAGAUGUUAACCUCCGAACCGGAUGUCUAUGCAGCCGGCGAUUGCUGUUCAGUUGCGUGGCAUCCGGCCAAUGAUCGAUGGUUUCAGAUGCGGCUGUGGUCACAGGCCCGACAAAUGGGCUGCUAUUCGGCUCUAUGUAUAGCCGCCGAUAUCCAUAGUACCAGUGCUGAGAUAUAUUUCAAUUUUGAAUUGUUUUCGCAUUUGACUUAUUUGUUUGACCGAAAAGUGGUACUAUUGGGUCAGUAUAACUGGCAGAAUGUUUGCGAUCAUAGCCAGUGUAAAACAUUGGUCAAAGUUACCGAAGAUAACAAACAAUUGAUUAAAGUUGUACUCAAUAGCGAUCAUCGGAUGAUCGGUGCUAUACUUGUUGGCGAUACAGAACUUGAGGAAACAUUUGAAAAUCUAAUACUAAAUCAAUUGGAUUUAAGCUGUUUUGGCGACCAAUUACUAGAUAUUAAUGUAGACAUCGAUGACUAUUUUGAUUGA